CCCUGGCCAUUGUACCCCACCAGCCUCGGCGUCCCUCCUCGUCCCAAUCCAGAGGUCGUCCUCCUUUAGGUCGGACCUCGUCUGAUGGACCUAUGGUGGCUGUUGGUCAACACCCUCCAUCGUCUAGAUAUAGUUAUAGCCGAUCUCAGGAGCGGCCUCCGCGCGGACCAACAAACUCCACAGUUUCAAAGGUCAUUCGUUCGCGGUCGUUGUCGAGUCGUCCAGCUGGGAUUGUGGUUCGACAUCCGCCUCAUCACCAAUCCAAGUCCACGGUUGAUGUCUAUUCGCCCCAGGCUUUGUCCACCUUAUCCCGACCUGGAACUCGAAUGAGUUCCAAGAGUGGGAAGAGUGGUUUGAAUGGGAACAGCAAUUCGACCAAAGCGGGUGUGGUCAUUGAAACCAUGUCAGCCCCCAAUCCAUUUUGCCCGAAUACGAAAGGCGUGUGUUGUCUGAUGCUUCUAGUCAAUCUGGCUCUCAUUCUGGUGGCCAUUGGAUUCAUUAUUGUGCUUCAACUCCCAGAACCUGUUAUCGUCUGGAAUUUGGGCGUGGUGAUUCUGGUGUUUGGAUUCGUGACUUUCUUAGUGGCCCUCAUCUAUUGCUCUUGCAUUUGUCAAGAGGCCAAUUAUGAGCAAAGGCGUCGGGGAAACUCGGGUGAGCUCUACUGGACCCACCAUUGGCAGAAGAACAUCACCAUCCCUGAGAUCAAAACCCAAGAGCACCGUCGUUGGGAAGAAGUAGACCAUUUCCCCGAAGAUGACAGCGACACCUCGUCGCGUGAUUAUCCACGCCUUUACCUGGAAUCGGAAUACGCCACAGAACGCGAGGCGGAUUUCGAGACCGACCGGGAAGCAGGAGGAAAACCGCCUUCCGGAGGCAAAUAUACAGCAUCUUCCCCUAGGAGCAAAAUUUAUCACGAACGAGAACGCGACUAACGGACAUAAGUUGGCUCACUGCAUUAUCUUAAGGCUGCUUACCACACUCAGUUAACCUGUCAUAAUCAUUUCACAUAACGCCUCCUCGUAUCUUUAUUACACAAUUCUUCAUAACCUUA